GAGCAGCAAUUUCUCUCCUCCUGAGCUGUUUCCACUGCAUCUCUGUGUCUUUAUUUAGUCUUUCCUGUUUUCUGUCCAGUGAGGCAGCUGACAGUGGUCAGUGGAGGAGGGAGCAGUGGAAGGGUGAGCUGUCAGAGGGAGUCGUGGACAGGUCGGUCCUUUUUCCCCCGGCCGCCUGUCUUCCUGUUGAGCCGAGCCAUCUAUCCAUCACUCUGACAGAGCUGCCUGCAUCUUGUGGAUUUAACUGCACAUCAGUGACACCUGGGAAGGCGAGGGAAACCUGAGCGGAGAGAGGCCCCCCAACCCCCCCUGCCCCCCUGUCUCCCCCCUGUAUGUGGAUGACCUCUGCUCCUCUACUCUGCUCCUCAGCACCAUGAACAAGAUGAAGAACUUUAAGAGGCGUUUCUCUCUUUCUGUUCCUCGCACUGAGACCAUUGAGGAGAAUGAGUUCACCGAGCAGAUCAACCAGCUCAACAUUCGACACACUCAGGGCCUGACUCCAGAUAGGCUGGGCCCUCCAUCUCAUGAUGCCAGUCCAGUGAGCCCUGAACCAACCACACCGGGAGCUCAGUCCCCGUCCCACCUCCACUACCACAGCAAGGCCCAGCACAGACGUUUCUCCAUGGAGGACGUCAGUAAGCGCAUGUCCCUGCCCAUGGACAUCCGCCUUCCUCCAGAGUUUCUCAAGAAACUGCAGCUGGAGAGUGAAAACUCACCGCUCUGCAAACCUCUCAGUCGCAUGUCUCGACGUGCUUCAUUGUCUGACAUAGGCUUUGGGAAACUGGAGACAUAUGUGAAGCUCGGCAAACUGGGUGAGGGGACGUAUGCCACAGUGUUCAAAGGGCGAAGCAAACUUACAGAGAACCUGGUGGCGUUAAAGGAGAUUCGGCUGGAGCACGAGGAGGGAGCACCUUGUACAGCUAUCAGAGAGGUGUCUCUACUGAAGAACUUAAAACACGCAAACAUUGUCACGCUGCACGACAUCAUCCACACAGACCGCUGCCUCACGUUGGUGUUUGAGUAUCUUGACAGCGACCUGAAACAGUACUUGGACAACUGUGGGAAUCUCAUGAGCAUGCAUAACGUUAAGAUCUUCAUGUUCCAGCUCCUGCGUGGUCUGUCCUACUGUCACAAGAGAAAAAUCCUCCACAGAGACCUUAAGCCUCAGAACCUGCUCAUCAACGACAAGGGCGAGCUCAAACUGGCCGACUUUGGUCUGGCAAGAGCCAAGUCCGUCCCCACUAAGACCUACUCGAAUGAGGUGGUAACUCUAUGGUAUCGGCCCCCUGACGUGCUACUGGGCUCCACAGAAUACUCCACACCCAUUGACAUGUGGGGUGUGGGCUGUAUCCUUUAUGAGAUGGCAACAGGUCGUCCCAUGUUCCCUGGUGCCACAGUGAAGGAGGAACUACAUCUAAUUUUCAGGCUCAUUGGGACUCCAACAGAGGAGACUUGGCCAGGUAUCAGCAGUAAUGAGGAGUUUAGGUCUUACCUCUUUCCUCAAUACAGACCUCAAGCUCUCAUCAACCAUGUGCCCAGGUUGGACACAGAGGGGAUUGACCUGCUGUCUGCUCUACUGCUGUACGACACCAGGAGCAGAAUCUCCUCUGAAGCCUCUCUACGGCACCCCUACUUCCUGAGUCUGGGAGACAACAUACACAAUUUGGCAGACACUGCCUCAGUGUUUUCUCUCAGAGAGGUGCAGCUCCAGAAGGACCCAGGCCACCGCAGCUCAGUGUUUCAGCCUCUAGGUCGAGGAAAGAACCGCAGGCAAAGCAUCUUCUAGAGGUCAUAGAGAAGGAACAGAGACACAGAGAAAAGGAGCUGCCUUUUCAGACAACAGCAAAAAGGCCAACACAGCUCAGCACAUCCACCAACAUGCACACACACACACACACAAACAUACACCUGCAUGAGAACAUAAACUCAUGUGCCCUCACUUAUUUCCAUGGCAGCUGACCAUGGAGACACACAGGGUUUCCGGAAAUAAACUUGCACUGCACGUGAAAUGACUGAGCUGAGAUAUACUCCCCUCCCUACACACACACAUAUAUUUGCUCACAUUUGCACAAUCAGUGACACUGAACAUGCUGCCAUUACUUAGUUGCACACAUCAGAGAUGAAUAAAUAUCCUACCAACACACAUAUUCAUUCCAAGAAAAAAUAGGCAAGUAAAUAAAAUGCUCUGCUCUGUUAUACAGUACAUAUAUACACAAACUUGUCUGACAUAGUAUUACCACAUAUAAUUUCCGUCCAGAGCAAACCCAGGACUCUGGCCAUCUAUGGUAGCUACAACAUCUGUAACCAUCACAGAAUUGCAGGUGUACAGAAGUAUUGCCUGAAUACAAAUGGGACAAACAGAAAUGGGAGUGGUGCAGUGUGAGUGAAGGUUGGUACAGUUUUAAAUAAAGUCUAAUAAGGUCAGUUUGUUUCCAAAUUUUGCUAAUGUUUUGUCUUACUAAAGUUUAGGUUUGUCUUUCACCAAAACACCAAGAUAUAGCUUAAAGAUACACUCUUUGAUUUUCUUACUGGGCCCAGUGGCCCCUCUGAAUCCUAAAAUAUCCUGCCAUUCUGGGAUUUGUGGGUGUUUUCAGGGCCAUAGUCAGGCUGUUACAAAUACUGAGGUCAUGAGAUCCCCCAACACACCUCCCACCACCUUCAGAAAAAUUCUGACUCCAUUUUUUUAUUCAUAUUUAAUUUAUACUGGUAAUUGUUUAACUACACAUUCUGUAAUUCUUAUUUCCCAGCAUAAAGGUCUAAAUGCUGUUUUAAUCCAUCUCCAUACUGUCAAGUAAAGUUCUGGUGGAGAAAUGCUGAAAAUUUGAUUUAGUUUUUAUUUUGUUGGCCUACAAGUAAUCAAAUUUAUACAUAUUGAGUUUAAAAAUACAGGGAUCUGUUUAAAGUUUUACCAGGUUGCUAAAACCCCCAAAUUCACAGAAAGUGUUAGCUACAACUGAGCUAACAGGCUAAUUAAGCAGAGAAACUUAACCAUGCAGUUGUCAACCUCUAAAACAAAAGGCUCGAACCUUGUACUGUAUGCUAGCUAAUGCAUAAUCUAAAGAGCUAAUGCAUUAGCAAAUGAUGGUUAGCUACCUAGAUAUGUUAGCUAACUAAUAAGCUUACAUAACUUAGUCAAAGUCAGAUUUAUCCAUGAUAAAAUAAUUAGUUCACAGUCAAGAGUCACCAAUAUGGCAGCUAGAGGUGUGUAUGUCACCUGGCAGUCCUGAAGUUGUGCAUGUGGAAUCAAAAGCAGUCCAGACAUUUAAAUGGUAGCAAAACGCUGUUCAUUUACAGUACCUCAACUCAUAUGUAACAUACAUUGAACCAAGAUAAAAUCUGAGUCAUCGUGAAUAUAAACUUCCAUGAUAAAUGGAUUCAUGUUGCCUUGCUACAGCGUGCCCGUGUUUCAACUCAGUGUGGGCUUUUGUUCCACACAUACAGUGUUAACAGCUGACUUUCACUCCAGUUUUUUAAGUUGCCUUAGUAAACUGUGCAUGAUAUUUUGACUUGUGAAGAAUCUAUAUUUGAUCUAGUGUAGCCAAUGUGUUAGGAUACAUUUGCUUUGUGUCUGUAAAUAACUCACUAUCAGUGUAUGUAUUUCUUAUAGUCUCCUAUUUGCACAAACCAGAAGUGUCCUCUGAAGCCUGCUCCCUUCCCUUUGUGUCUUACCUUACAUGAUACAAAAUUUGACCACUUAUUUUACCAAAAGCCCUUAAUCCUAGACCAGUAAACUGAGAAAGUAUGUCUUACAAGUAGUAGCAAAUCACUCUCAGUAGGAGUCACCACUACCCCUUAUGUUUUGCAUAGCUAUGGCCUAUAUCCAUAGAGCAGCUGGCUGAAAGGCCACAAAAGUCACUGUAUAAAACUACAUACAGUAUAACUUUCGACAGUACACUUAUCUGCCACUCAAGAGAUGCAGAAGUGAAAUGUUCAGAUCUUCCUUAUCUGGUGUCCUUCACAGUUCCCUAAUUGCUGUUCUGGAUGGAACCCAGAGUUUAAGUUUAUGCCCUAGAAGACAAAAUGAUCUACAGACACAAAAGUGAUGGGGGCUCGUGGCUAAGCUACACUCUCCUCUCUCCUUAAUCUGCCCUGACUCCCUCUCCCUCCCUGUCCCUCCCUAAUCCUCCCUGUCCAGUGCUGUUGAGAUCCAGCAGAAAAGGAAAUGCUGAGGUGUAAGCCAUUUACAAUGGGGUUGGGGCCACAUUAAUAAAUUGUGAGGUGUAAUCAAAGUUGACUUUUAAAUUGGCAGUGCAAUAUGAAAGAGAUGUACAAGGUUGUUUAAUGGCUUCCUGUUGCCAUCUUUCUUCCAGUCACUGAAACUGUGCUGUACUUUCAGACAUAAGACAUAAGAAGUCGUGUAUCAUAAUGUUGCUAUCAUUUUCAUUUAUUGUUUCUUGUGACUGAGUUAUACAUGAACCAAACAUGUUUUAAAAUAUGGACUGAUAUCAUAAAUGGUGGACUGGAAAUGAAAUAUUUCCUUGUGUAUUGUUGAUUGGAUCGACAUCCUUGCCUUCAGAUUAUUCAUUAUUAUCCAUGUCCAUAUCUAGAAGUCAAAGACAACUGGACGUGCCUUUGUUUUUGUUUUUUUGUUUGUUCACUUCUCAUCUGAAAUUCUCCCUCAUUUCAGAAUGACUGGUGGUGAGUCCCAGGCCUUUAUGUCAACUCUGUUGCCUUUAUUUGACAGACCAUGUCGAGACAGGAAACGAGGGAGGAACAGAGGGGUAUGACAUGCAACACAGUUCCCCCAACUGGGGGACCUGUGCCACAUGUCACACUGCACAACUGUUAUCAUAAAUCUGAAUUUAUGAUGAUUUUGUGAGAUGAUGUGAUGACUAUAAAAUAAUGAUUAGGUGGUCAGCCAGGCUAUCUGUCUCACUCCUUACCAGAUGCUGGAAUGUGAUGCAGUUUGUUGUUUGCCAACUGAAAGAGGAUGAGGAGGAUGUGAUUUAGCUGUUUCUGUAUUGUGAGUGUUUCUCUUUGGUCAGAAGGCUCCGCAGAAAUGACCUGCAAAUAUUAGUGUGGACACAAGUUGUUGUCACACAAAAAUGGCAUUUGAAAAAAUUGCUGGUUUUAGUGUAGACAUGUGACAGUACUUUGAGGACAACACUGUAUUCAUAUUGGACCGAGAAGACAGGUGGUUUGACAGAGCAAUGAAGCAGGCCAUCUGUGCUAAACUGGAACAAUUAUCACUCAACAGAGGAGGGGACCUAUGACACCAAUAAUUAGCCAUUUACAGUUCAGUCCUGACAUCCCUCCCCCACCACUGAGGUAGUGCCUCUAAUGACUCUCACAUGACUGCCAUGUGGCCUAAAGAUCCACAUGUAAUCUUAUAAACUUACAAUGUGUGAAAGACUUUACAGAGGUAAAAGGUGUUGGCAUGCUCCAUGAAGUGCUUGUUGGAUUACUGAACAGUGUACAAAAGCCUCUCCAAGCAUACCUUUCUGAUAUUUAAAUUGAGGGGGCUUGGUCCUACAGAGACAUUUAAAACUGACAAUCCAACAACCUCUUCAUGCAGUGACUGGCCACUUGUACCAAGGUGUGAAAGUAUGCAGGAUUUGUAAUUCUCUUUCCAGCUCUCUUUUUUUCUUCACCAACUACUCCCAUCACUUCUGAUUUGUACAAAUGAGUACACCAUGAAUACCUUCAUGGAGACACUUAGAAGAAAGUGUGCGCUGUUAUACCCAUUUGAAUGAUUAUUGUGUCUUGCCCCUCUAUGACAGCAGGCUUUUGCUUUUCACUUUUCUUAAUGUGGCCAUUCAUAACACCUAUAAAUAAUGCCUUGCUACCCACCAGUCAGUCAGAACUGAAUAAGCCUUUUGCAUGAGAGGCAAAAUAUCUUUAAGAAAUGUACAGCAAGUCCAGUUGCCUUUGAUUUAGCACCUCUAGAUUAUUUGAUCCACAGAUUUAAAGGGGUCAUGAGAUUCCUGUAAGAGUUUAGGAAUGAUACCUUGAGACCGUUCAGGGAAGACAGAGGUAGAGAAGCUAAGCAAGUUCUCAGACUGAAUACAGUGUGUUGCUUCAAGGACCGGUGAGACAUGAAACACAACCUAGAAGACUGGUUGGAGUAACAGAUCUAUGACUUUAAAGGUUUCUCACAUGCCAAAACUUAUCUUUACGUUAAUUAUUUUAUCUUUUGUCACAAUGAUCACAAGGAACAUGAAA